CCAAAUUUGCUCGACUACUUUUAGAGAAUCUCUUUUUUCUCUCUUCUCUCUUUUAGAAACCGUUUUACCAACAAAACCAGUGAUGGUCAGUUUAGUGAUUUUAAUUUAAUUAACCCACAAAGUUAAUACAGAGAAGAAGAAAAAAAUGUGAUCCAUUCAAAUUGUGUCCACUUUUAUUGUUGAUGUUUCACCAGCCAAUGUUUCAUCAAUUCAUGGUGAGUGUCUAAAUGGACGAGCAUUGAAUAGUAAAAAACACACAGCUUUGGACAGUUCCAGUUUCACUGAACUUGAAUGUUGUGCAAAAAUGAUCAACAAAAUUGCGUGACAAGAGUGUGAAGAAACUAAAUGGCUUCUAAAAGUUUAAUGCCUUGGACAAGAUGAUUGUGUCAAAGUUUAUAACAUCAAUUGGACCUGCUCUUGGACGAUUAAAAAGACCUUCCAAGAAGAAUAAUCAUGAUCUAACUUGAUUACCAGUCUAAACGUGAAAACCUGAGUUUGCAGUUCUGUGAAUACUCAGUUGUUACCAAUUUUUUCGGAUUAUUAUUGUUUCCAUAGUUGAUUCGUUUAAAGCAUCAAUCAAAAUUGAGGCCAUUAAAGGUGUUUGUAAGCCUAGCGGCCACGGUAAAGUAAACCUGAAGACACCUUUACCCAACACUGAAUUGACUCACUUUUUUCUGGUUGCGGACCGCACAAUAUGAAAGCAUCUGUAACAAUUUUACCUGCUCAGCAUUUUUAUCAUUAUUGUAAGCCGUUGAAGAUAGUUGAAGCAGCAAAAGCAAAGCCUUUGGACGAAAGUUAUUUAGUGGUUGUUGUUGACCUUUACAGUUACAAGGAUAAUAAUCAGUGCAAUUUGUUAUUGUUAUCAUCUUCCUCAUCAUCCCACUCUUCAUCAUCAUCAUCUAAGAGCCAGUAUAUUUGUGCCCAAAAAGCAUCGCCUUUCCUUGAGUCGUGCACAUCAACAAGGAAUACUAGCUUCAUUGACCUUCCAACCAACCUAGACACUUCACCUUCACUGCAUCAAAUCACAAGACUCGAGUCGCCUCUACUCGUCUUGUAUUCAUCAACGAAACGCUCAAAUAAAGUUGAACGUUUCUUUAGCUCGAUCAUCGCCAUUCAAUAUUUGCGAAAAAGAUUCAGUAAAAGCUUAUCUUCGCAUCAAAUAUCACUGCCUCUUCCACCCACAUCAUCAUCAUUAUCUUUAUUACCUUAUUGUCUGUAUAAAGGCAACAGUGAUUCCAUUGAGAUUGAUAAAAGUGCUAAUCUACUGUUAGCGUGUUACUCGUUGCUACAUUCAUUGGAACCACAUCCUUCCUCUACAACCAGUUAUUAUUAUUAUCAUUAUCCAAAUUACUUUAGGUUAAAGUAUAUUAUUGAUUGUUAUACAGCAACAUUAUUACCCUUAUAUCUAUUAGUAUUUCAAUUAUUCAAUUUCAUUUGCAACAUUUGUUUCAAUUUUAUUGUUAAACCAAACGGAGUAAUCCAUAAUAUAAAUUGAUUCCAAGUGAAAGCAAAGUUUUACCUGGUUUCCAUCAGCAAACGCACAUCAACACGUCUGUUGUUAACAAUUAUCCCUGUUGAAAUUAAAUUUACAAUAUCGUUCGUUAUUCGAAAACAGUGCAACAAAAUCGAAACAAACAAAUUUUCAUUGGAAUUACCUGCUUCUUACAAAACCAAAGUUAACAAUUUUAUACACUAACAAAAGUUGAUCGUUCAUUUUACAAUAACGAUUAUUGAUAUUAUUAUUAACAUUAGCGCAAUUUGAAACUGUCGAGAUAAUUGGAAAGAAGAGAAGCUGAUUUAUAUAAAAAAAAUUUGAGCCAAGCAUUAAUUAGAUAACAAUUUAGCAAGAAAUUCCCAAAUUUUCUUCCAAGCCUCAAACUCUUACCAAAAAUACCUCAUAUUAUCCAACAAGGAAAAGACAACAAAAAUUGGAAACCAAUUUUGACGACUAACUUUUAUCACAAAAAUCGUGUUCACAAGUUUCAUAAGAAGAAAAAAUUCUGUUAAUAGAGAACACAGGGUAAAAUUCGUUACACUAAAAUUCAAGUCUAAAGUUGCGUUUAAAAGUUACAUUCUACAUUCCGAUUGGACAGUUUCGUUGUAACAUAGAUUUAUAAAUACAAGAUACAUAUGUACAUAACCUAACGAAUUGCGGCUUUUUACUCGAAACUCCCAGCUGUCAUAUUGUCUGAUAUCAAUUCCAGUUGAAACUUUUACACUUCAUUCUGAUCGCUCUUGAUCAACUUGAAAGCCUGCCAAUCCAUUGCCCAAGACGAAGUGUUUCCACAUUCGCAACUCCAACAUCGGAUUGACUGGGAGUGAGAAUAACUUUUUUUUUCCUUCUCUUAAUAAUUUUAAAAUUGACUUUCACGUUGAAAGCAAUAAAACGAUAAGUUUACAAUAUUAGGAUCUAAAUAUUGACUGGAAACCAUUUUUGUGCAAACACUUUACAAUUGACUGGAAAUUGUGAACUCGAAUCGUUUGAUCAACAUCAUCCUCUCAUUUACAUUUAUAUAUAUUCAUCAACAUUAUCGAUCCAGUCUUUUGUUCCUCUCAACUCUUCCUGUGUUUACUCAACAUCUUCAUUCCUUUUGUAUUUGGAUUUCAGUAAAGACAACAAUUUACAGCUCGUAAAGACCAGUCAACCUCAACGAAGAUUCAUCCUCGUGGGAACCACGAGCACUCUGCAAUGUCCUUUCUCUUCCGGUUAGUACAGUUUCACGACUUGAUCGGUGGAAUCCAUGUGCCGGUAGACGAUGGAGUGGACAAAUUGAACCGAAAAUAUACCUUAUUGGUGUUCCUCUUCCUGGCUCUGCCCAUAUUUACCAAACAGUACAUCGGUGAUCCAAUUGAAUGUUUUACACCAACAUACUUCACCGAGCCUCAGGCUCGUUAUGUCAACUCUUAUUGUUGGACUGCUUCCACUUAUUACUUGGUGGCAGCUGAUGCCGACGAUGAAGAUUACGAUAUAGUCGGUCAAGUGGGAAAGAAUCAGGAUCCACCCGAUCCUCGAGUCCUUCCCGAGGAAUUAGAUUACGGAGGUUUCGAUGUUGCCUCAACGGGACCGGAGAGAUUGAGACGAGUGCGUGUCGGCUAUUAUCAGUGGGCUCCGUUGAUAUUAUUAGUGCAAGGAUGUUGUUUCUAUGUGCCCUUCCUUGUGUACAAUUCGUGUGCUCACAAUGCUGGUGUUAAACUUCGGCGUCUCUUGAAGAAAGCCUCGGACAUAGCGAGUCUUCCGCCUGGUUGUCAACAGAGGGAAGCCUUGUUGGCCGAGUUUGUUGAUCAAUUCCACACUUUAGUUACUGGGGAAGCGGGUUGGUGUACUGACCCUUCAUGUCGACUUCCACUUUCGUGUCGUUGUUGCUCCGGAGGACCCAGUCGGUAUUUGUGCCUACUUUAUUUACUGGUUAAAAGUCUGUAUGUGCUUAACGUUGGACUUCAAUUCCUGUUACUCGGUUCAUUUAUGGGCCGAGGUUUCCUUCGCCAUGGCCUGGAACUUAUCCGCCGACUGAUGGUCGAAGGUGAAUGGUGGGCCUCACCGAGGUUCCCCUUGCAAACCUUGUGCCAAGUUCGAGCUGCCAUACAAGGUGGCCUUCGAACGUAUACCUGCCAAUGUGUACUGCCCAUUAAUGUAUUCAAUGAGAAGAUAUUUUCCGUUGUGUGGUUCUACAUGGCCUUCUUGUUGCCCCUUAAUGUAUUAAGUCUACUCUUUUGGGUAUGGCGGAGCUUCCGGUGCAACAGGUUGGCCUACAUUCGUCUGUGUCUAUGGCGAACCCGAUUAGUCUCAAUGGCUGAAGUGGGUCGAUUGGCCCGUAAAAUAUCAGGCCAAUAUUUGGGUUGGGACGGUGUUUUUGUCCUUCGUUUAAUUGAACACAAUCACGGUUCCAUCAUGGCCACACUCAUAGUUUCCCGUUUAUGGGAGUUUUAUGCCAACCAGAUGAAGAUGCAGGAAGAAGGUAAUACAGGAAGCGAUGCAGAGAUGGGCAGUGUUGCCAGUGUGGGUGCACCACCAUCUACUUCUUGGCACUCCUGCCAUCCAACAGCCUGUCACGUCACCGGACAUCAUCAUUUCUCCGGUGCAAAUGCUUCUGGUCCUCAGGGUACCAUCAGCCAUUCAAAUAAACGUAUGCCUCCAAAUGGCUUUUGGGGAAUUUGACACACCUAAAUGCUUUAGAUUAACCUAUUACAAUUGAUACGAAGCAGCAUCAAAAGGUUCCAAGAUGUCAACUUCAUCAACGAAUCGAGUCUUUGAAUGGAAACAAACUGUAAAUUAAACUGACCACCAAUUGUGCUGCAUUCCUUAAUGUACAUUAUCAUGCAAAACACACAGCGAUCUCACCUCAGCCACAAGACCAUGAGCAUCAAGGGUGACUAAAACUACGGACAGAAUAACUUUUGUUUUUUUUAUUGGGUAAACACAUGAACCAUGCAAUUCUGUUGACACUUAUGUUCAGAACUGAUGAUCAUCAUUUUUCAUUUGAAAAUCCACACAAAUGAGAGUCCAAGUGAGUUGAACGUGAAAAGAACGAAAACGAGAAAAGUAAAGCAAAAAGCUCAACAUGAUAUAAAUCAAUGAAUCGUCAACAUUUAAUUGGAAACGAGCACAAGAUGAAGAAUCGAAAAGAAGUGAAAGAAAAAAAAAUCAUCAUUUCCUUCUCCUUCUUCUUUCUCUUGGCGCAUUUAGUUUAUGAUUAUCUCACUGGUCUUUGCCAUGUUACACUGACAAUUCAAAGCCUUCCAACCUUCCGAAAGAGAAACCAGAAAAUGCCAAAAACUUCUAAAGACUGAAAGCAAAUUCUUCUUCCGUUUUUUUUUCUCUCUUCUUUUCAUUCCAACCAUUAAACACAAAAGCAAGUUUUUUUUCUUUCCUUUUACAUUUUUCAUUCUCAUAUCCAUUGCCAGUUGGUACACAAGUAUAAAAACGAAAGAAGAGGGAAACAAGAAGACAAAGUACGCACAAGAAAAAAACUCAUCAUUUCCAUCAUUUCCAUUCAUCUUCUCAGCACAUCAACUCCCACCUUGUGCUUUUGAGCAGAAAAUGUUUGCCUUUUAAACUGUGAGACAAAAUCCAAUGAAAAGACGGAAAAAAUGUUGACGAAUCUGGUAAUUAUGAAUCAUGUUGAAAUGUUUGAGAUGAAACAUUUUUCUCCAAGCAAAAUGUUGAGAUAUUGAAAUAUAUAAAUAUAAUGAUAUAUUAAAGGCGUAAGUUGUACAAACAUUUUUAUUGAAAAGAUAUGAAAAGUUGAAACUGUUAUGAAGGAGAGGAAAAAGUUGGAAAGAUUGUGAACAGAAAAGAGUCUGAUAAAUGUUAACUAUAAAACUUGUUAUAAUGAUAGGUGAAUAAAAAUAUGAUAAAAAAAUGAUUAACUUGGAAAAGGGAUAAAUAAAGAAUUGAGAAGUUUAUGAAAAUAAAUAUGAAAAGAAAUAUAAAUAUAAAUGUAUAUAACAGAGUAUUAAAUGAUUAUUACUGGGAUGAGGCGAGUGAGAAAACAAUGAACAUUGAAUGGAAGAAAAAAACUCUUUGAACCAAUAUCAGGAUAGAGUUGAAUAAAAAUCGAUAAAAGAUAGCAUCAGCUUGGAUAAAAUCUAGAGUUGAAUGUUUAUCCUUUGCUUGUAAAGUAUAAAAAAAAGUAGAACCCAGGGAAACUCUGGGAAAGAGAAGAAAAUUAGAGAAAAUUUUAUGCUAAUUGUGACUGGGAAGGAAAAACAGAAAAGUAGAUCAACUUUGCAUUGGAAUGAGCAGAUGAUGGAAAAGAUUAAAAUGAUGAAAAAGGGAAUGAAAUUUUUUUUUCUCUCUUCUUCUGAGCAUUUCCCUUCUUUUUAUAAUCAAAAACCAAUUGUUAUUGUAUUUUAUAUCUUUACUUCUCGAUCUCAUUAUCAACGUUUCACCAAAAGAAUGGAAAAAAUUCUGCAGGCAAAAUGAUAACACUUCAAGGGUUGAAAUUCAAUGUGGAAAAGAAGCGUCAACAUUUUUUUUUCUCUUCAGUGAAAAGUUCAAGUUGACACUGAGAUAAUACCUUUGCUAUAAAAUUCUGGACAAAUGCUGAUAAAGACUCAUGUCGUCCAAUAAAUGCAGCGGAAAAAAAGUAAAGUGUUUUUUUUUCAACAAAAAAAGACUAAACUUGCAACUCUUCUUAUACAAAAAUCAGUUGUACAAUUAUUAGAUAAAAACAAAAAAAGAAACGAAAAAUUAUGAAAAAAUAUUCUUCCUCAGCUCUUUCUCUUCUUUCUAUUCUCUCAUUCCUUUUCCUUUCCAACUGAAAAUCUCUUUUUUUGUUUAGAAAGAAAAAAAUGUUUCAUGAAUAAAAAACUAUUGUUUCAAAUAUAUGAUAAAAAAACUCUUCAGGCCAAUAAAACGGUGAACAAGUGACCGGAAAGCACAAAUAAA